AUGUGUUUCUAUUCAUUUGCAGAUGUGAUGGCUUCAGUGAAGCUGAUUCCAAAGCCAAAAGAGCCACUGCUCCUCCCGAAACCAGGUGGUGAUGGCUGUGUUCACUGUGCUGUGAUGGGUACUGCAGGAAUUCUGAAUGGCUCAAAAGUGGGUGCAGAGAUCGAUGCUCAUGAUUACGUUUUUCGGAUGAACGGUGCCGUUACCAAAGGUUUUGAGGAAGAUGUAGGAAAUAGAACAUCGGUGUAUGUUCACACAGCGCACUCCAUCACCGCAUCACCUUAUUUUUGGGGGAAGUAUGGAUACAAAUCUGCCCCUCAUGAUGAGGGAAUAAAAUAUGUGAUGAUUCCUGAGGGCAUGAGAGAUUUCCAAUGGCUCGAGGGUCUCCUUAAAGGACAGCAGGUCUCUGGUGGUCAAUACAACAAGAAAUGGCCAAGGGACUACUAUUCAGGGCAGUACAAUGAGAGCCGAUUCUACGUUCUACACCAGGACUUCCUCCGAUAUGUGAGGAACAGGUUCCUAAAGUCACCUAAUCUGAAUAAUAAAUUCUGGGCAAUGGUCAGACCAACCAAUGGAGCAUUCACUCUCUUCCUGGCUUUGCAUACUUGUGACACAGUGGAUGCAUAUGGGUUCAUGACUGAUGACUAUAUGAAAUACUCCAACUACUAUGUUCAGAAGUACAUUAAAACUAAAGUAAUUUUCUAUUCCAACCAUGACUACAAUUUGGAGAAGAAUACAUGGAAAGACCUUCACAACAGAAAAAUAAUAAAGCUGUAUCAAAGAACGGAGCCAGAAUCAGGGACUGACAAGCCAAAGUAACACUGAGUCCACCCG